UAGCCGUUAAUGACCAGAGCGUCAAAUGCUCGCUCCCCCUUUCCCUUCUUCUAUUCGGCGCGAUCCGAUGAAUCCCAAACCCUAAUCAAUUAAUUAUCAACAGCGUAAUCACAUAUCUCUGCCCUCAUUUCACUCUACUACACCUGCUGCAAUCUUGCUUGGAUCAAAUAUUCCGGUGAAUUAAAUGGAAACCAAUGGCGGCAAGUCCACCGGAGUUCAAACCCAUAACUCAAAAACUUCGGAAAAUUCUAACCCGAAUAUCGCUUGUGAAAGCUUAAAGGUCUCAAAAUCGCCUUCCAUCUCAAAAUCGGCAUCGAAAACUCAAAAAUCGGCUUCGAAAAACCAGAGUCCUAACCCCACUACCACCAUGGUUUCGCCUUCACCGCAGAAGAAGAUUAGGCAGAGGAAGUUCGUGGUGGCUAAGCGGAACUUGAAGAAAGAGAAUGCAGAACCCUUGAAAACGGCAUCAGUGGCUUGCAAGUGCAACAACGGUGGUGGGCACAAGUGUUUGUGCGUUGCUUACGAGAGUCUCAGGGCUUCUCAGGAAGGUUUUUUCAAGUAUGGAAGUGAAGAAGGCAUCCGGGAGGAAUUGAAGGCAUUAUACGAAGCUGAGCUUACGAGUAAACAAGAGAAGGAGAAUAAUGAAAAAGUGGUGAUUCGAGACCUCGAGAGUGCUGAUGGUGGUUGUGGGGGAAAGGAUACAACAGAGGAUUCUUCUCCGAUCAUAGGUUUGGAUAAAAGCGAAUCGAAUGAGCACAAGGUGUUUGCUGAAAUGGGUGUGUCAACGAUCAAGAGAAGGAGAGACAGGCUAAUGGAAGAGGCAAGAGAAAAUGUACCUGAUGCUGGUUCCGGAAGAGUGAUGCACUUGGUGAAGGCGUUCGAGAAGCUUCUUUCAAUUCCGAAGUCAAAAAAUACAGAGGAAAAAGAUGACAAGGAAGUAGAAGAUACCAUGAAUGGGUUGAAAUGGGCACUGCCUGGCUUACCCCCUCCAAAUGUUUCUGAGACACAGGUCUCUUCAUCUUCAUUUUGCCCAUCUGAUUUUUACCUCACCUCAGAGAGUUUAGGCUUGGUUUCACGCAGGGCUUCUUCACUUGGCAGCGAAGGAAGUAUUUCAAGCCGGACUUUAGGUGGAGGAAGAAAGAGCAGACGCAAAAGUGCUGAAUCAGCAGGGACUCAUGCUAGAAGACAGUGGAAGAGAGGGCAACCCAAAGCAACCUCUCAGAAGCCCUUCAAACUCAGAACUGAGCAAAGGGGAAAGUGUAAGGAAGAAGAAUUCUUCAAGAAAGUAAAAGAAAUGAUGGAAGAAGAGGAGAGGCUGCGGAUACCAAUUGCACAAGGUCUUCCAUGGACCACAGAUGAGCCAGAGCGUUUGGUAAAGCCCCCCGCGAAAGAGAGCACAAGGCCUACAGAUCUGGUGUUGCACAGUGAUAUCAGAGCUGUUGAGAGAGCUGAAUUUGACCAUCAGGUGGCAGAGAAAUGGAACUUCAUUGAGCAGUACAAAAUGGAAAGAGAGAGACUACAGAAGUUGGCUGAGGAAGAAGAAAUUAGAAGGCUGAGAAAGGAGCUUGUUCCAAAGGCUCAACCAAUGCCUUACUUUGACAGGCCGUUCAUUCCUAGAAGGUCUGAAAAGCUCCCCACAAUACCAAGAGAACCCAGAUUUCAUAUUCCUCAGCACAAGAAGAUCAAAAGUUGCAUGUCUUGGAAUGAUAUGUAUGUACAGCAGGAGUGAACAACGUAAGAAGUGAUGGCAAUGUGAAAGAACCUUUGGGUGGUUUGUUUGUUUGUCAUCAGUCAUCAACAUUCUUUUAAUUGUGUAUAUGAUCGGAACAAUAAGCUCUUGGGUUGCACUAAGUCACAAUUUUGGAGAAAAGGUGUUAGGAUCGAGUUCACAACACCUAAUUACAAUAGCAACUUGGGCCGGAAAUAUUGAGAAUAUUUCUAGUGUAAGACAUAAGGCAAUUUUGAAGAUGGAUUGCCUAUUUAUAGCCAAAAAAAAUUCUGCUACAAUAUUGCAAUUGUUGCUCCAAAUUUCCUGUUGAAAUUUCUGCUGCACUGUA